AUGGCAGACGCCUAUGCACAGGCAGUCUCUUCCCUGCGUGAACAAGCAGAGAGGGCGACGGAUUCACUGAUGAAAAAUGGCCCACGCCUGUUGAUUAUGGGCGGAAGUGGAGUGGGCAAAAGCAGUGUGGUGAAUGCUUGCUUCGGGCGGCACGUGGCAAACGUCAGUCACUCGAUUCCCUGUACGUCAUCCAUCAGCCAUUUUCCACCCACGGAGCGGUGCCCCAUCCACUUGUAUGACACCAAAGGAUUUGAAACUCAGAGCAACAACGAGGACAUUCUGAGGGAUCUCCGUCAGCUACUGCAAGAACGCCGAGACGCCAGUGCCAGUAAAUCCUCACUGGAAGAGCGGAUGGCCGAACGGCUUCAUGCAGUGUGGUGGGUGGUGGAUUUCCGUUUGGAGGUGGUGCUCUUCAACACAGUCGCCAAGCUUUUUGAAGAUGAUGAGGUGCCAAUCUUCGUCAUUUUGAACAAGUGCGACCGAGCAAAGGCUGAGGUGGAAGAAUGCUUGAAGGCUACUUCGGAUCGGUGCACUGGGGCAACAGCUGUGAUCCCAGUGGUUGCUGCAGCAAAGCAUGGUCCAAUGUUGAAACUCUGCGAGGCUUGUGACAGUGAAGAGAUUCUCAUCAUGUGCAACGCACGAAAGUCCUUCUAUGUUUGUCAAAAUUCUGACUGCCAACAGUGUGAUCAACAGCAAAAAGUAAAACCGGCCUACGGCAUCGAGAAACUGUUUGAAGAGACGACGGCACGCUUGCCAGUAUUGGUCGCCAAGUCUUUUCGCCAAGCCGAACUGGAGUGUUUCCAUGACCUGCAGCACAACGCUCACGCAAUCAUUGUUGGAUUCGCAAGCGUCGCAGCUGCUGCUGGAGCAACACCAGCGCCAUUCAGCGACUUUUUCCUCCUGACAGGCAUUCAAGUGGCCAUGGUUUGA